GUGUUCGAUUUCACCGAGUUAUCAGGGGUUCUAUGAUGCAAGGUGGGGAUAUAUCAGCUGGUGAUGGAACUGGGGGAGAAUCCAUUUAUGGCUUGAAAUUCGAGGAUGAGAACUUCGAGUUAAAACAUGAACGGAAAGGGAUGUUAUAAAUGGCUAAAACGGGGCCUAACACCAAUGGAUCUCAAUUCUUUAUCACCACUAACCGAAUGUCUCGUCUCAAUGGAAAGCUUGUUGUUUUUGGGAAGAUUAUUAAAGGAGUGGGUGUUCUUCGUUCUAUCGACCAUGUUGCUACCGAGGAUGGUACUAAUUGCCCCACUCAAGAGGUUGUAAUUGUUGAUUGUGGAGAAAUUCCUGAGGGGGCAGAUGAUGGCGUAUGUAACUUCUUUAAGGAUGGUGAUCCUUAUCCUGAUUGGCCUGCUGACCUUGACAAAAAACCAGAUGAAUUUUCUUGGUGGAUGGAGGCAGUAGACUCUAUCAAAGCUUUCGGAAAUGAGCAAUUCAAGAAACAAGAUUAUAAGAUUGCUCUUCGAAAAUAUUGCAAGGCUUUGCGUUACUCGGAUGUUUGCUGGGAGCUGCAGGGCAUUGAUGGAGGGAAAUGCUCGGCUCUGCGGAAGAUCAAGUCUCAGAUAUAUACGAAUUGUUCUGUAAGAUUUUGACUUCCUUGAAAAUGUUAGGUCCUAGA